AUGGAUGUCCUCGAUGCAAUCGAAGAUGACGACGCAGUUGUGGAUAAAAUCUUCAUUGCUCCACCCGUGGUCAGUGUGGAGUCUGACGAAGACACGGGCGAGGAAGACGGCGGAGGAACGCUCGAUAAUCUCUCGGGACGGCAGCUUAGCGCUGCCGCCGUGGUGGUCCUCGCCGACGGACGUGUGAUCGGAGAUGAUGAUGGCGACACUGAGGAAGAAGAGGAGCCCCAACAGGCCUCCACCUCAAAGAAACGCUCGCAGAAAGAUGCGUUGGACUACAAAUGGACCAACAGUAAAACGCGCCUGACAAAAUUCCCGGACGCCAGGCCUCUCGCCGUCCCCACGAUUGUCGUUGGAAAGAGCGCAGUUCAGAAGCUGGACUUCUUCCUUUCUGAUGUAUAUCCUCACCUUGUUCGAGAGACCAUCAAGUAUGCGGCGGUGACUGACUCCAACUUCCAGCUCACCAUCGGAGAAUUGAAGCGCGUGGUGGGGAUCUUGCUGCUCUCGGGUUACCACCAGCUCCCCAGUCGCCGACACUACUGGAACACAGAUGAAGAUCUCCAUUGCGCCCUCGUCGCUGGGGCCAUGUCACGCAACAGGUUCGAGGAGAUCAUCCGCUACAUUCACUGCGCCGACAACGCGCACCUGAACCGCAGCGACCGGAUGACAAAGCUGCGUCCCAUGAUGGACAUCCUCAACGCUCGGUUCGGGGAGGCGUAUCCAAUGGACUGCAAUCUUGAUCUGGACGAGGCCUGGUGCCUGAACAGUGGGACCAACGGCUUCCUGCUCCACUUCGACAUCUACCAGGGGGCGAGUGUAGAUGCCUCUGAAGUGGAACGCAAGUUCGGCAAGGGCGGUGGCACGCUCCUUCGACUUCUGGACAACCUCCCCGAUGCUCUGCGUGCACUUCCGCUACGCAUCUACAUAGACAACUACUUCACCGGCCUCCCGCUAGUUGCAGAGCUGCACAGGCGGGGCUACGCUUGCACGGGGACGAUCCGAGAAAACCGCAUCCCGCGCUCUUGCCCGAUCACAGAUCAGAAGGCUAUGAAGAGGAAGCUGCGUGGUGCCGUGUCUGUCGUGUACGACACGGCAAACAAGAUUGCGCUCACUCGGUGGAAGGAUAACGCCGUGGUCACCAUCGCCUCCACCCUCGCCGCUGAGCAUCCUCUGCAGAAGGUGUCACGCUGGUCAAGGAAGGAGAAGAAGAAGGUGGCAGUGGACCAGCCAUUUGUUGUCCAGCUGUACAACCGCAGCACGGGCGGCACGGACCGCGCCGACCAGAGCAUCGGGCUCUACCGCAUCAACAUGCGCCGGAAGAAGUGGUGGUGGCUGAUAUUCACCUGGAUGCUGGACGCGGCCGUCUUCAAUGCAUGGGUGCUGCACCGGCUGGAUGAGCACGGCGGGAUGUCUCUGCUGGAGUUCCGACGCGAGGUGGCCCGAACUCUGGUUGCAGCACCAGGCGCCACUCGAGCUCGGAGAUCGGGCAGACCGCGCGUGUGCGCAGUUGCCGAUGACUCCCGCUUCGACACCAUGGAGCACUGGCCGGAAGUGGCGGAGCAAGGCCGAAAGUGCACACUGCCGACUUGCAAGUCGCGUCCGUCCAGUGCGUGCUCCAAGUGCCGCGUGGCACUGUGCACUGUGAAGUGUUUCCGUGCUUACCACCAGCCGGAAUAA